AUGGCAGACUCAUCUACUAUCGGAAAAGCUGAAGGAUCUUUACGAUCGGGGCAGGCCAGUGUUGUCAAGAAAUUCUUCAAAUCAGACGACGUCUCCCAGCACGAUGCUACCAUGAAGGAUGUUGCAAUCCUUCGCUACGUGAUAGAUGAAUAUCCUUCGAGUGCCCUUGAGUGGCCGCUGGGGCUUAAACCCUCAGUGGGAGGUCUGUGCGAUUCCAUGCACAAUAUAUAUGACGAUCCCCAUACAUCCGACGUCUGCUUUCUCAUACACUCGCGCCCCGGACCGAGAGACGAACCGAAACGGAUUUAUGCUCAUUCGAAGAUACUUUCGCGUCAGUCUGCCUAUUUCGGGACGAUGUUCGAGUCCGGCUUCUCUGAAGGUAUACAAUCAGCCUUAACCGAGUCUGCAAGUUCGGAUGGGGUAGUCACUGAGCGGUGCAACGUCGACACGGAUUCCGACUACUCGUCUGAGGAAGACGAAGAUCGUAACAUGAGCGUCUGUCCGCAUUCCGAUCCAAAGCAUAUAAAUGCGGACUUCGCUCGAGAUGCCAUCAUCAUCUCUCGUGAGGAUGUACCACCCGCGGAUACAGGAGGUGCGAGCGACGACGUCCGCCAAGAGCGGGCCUACAAAAUCGUCCGUAUAUCUGAUACAGCAGCCCUGCUCUACUAUCUAUACACCGGGUCUAUUUCUUUUGCCCCGUUGAAGUCUUCGUACAAUAUUGCUCGUGAAGCAAUCGGUCCAUCCUUGAAGAGUCGCCCAGCAUACAAUCAAGAGAAAGCGUUAACGGUGUCUCCUCUUGCCAAUCGGGACAUCCCAUGGACGAGUCCCAAGAGUAUGUACAAGCUAUGUGAUAAGCUUGGAAUCCCAGAUCUCAAAGUCGCCUGUGCGAAUCGCAUAGAGGAAUGCCUUUCACCGGAGAAUGUAUGUGUCGAGGUCGACUCCUCGUAUUCAGCAUUAUUCCCCGAGAUCAGGCACAUCCAGGAACAAUACAUGGAGGAUCAUAGGGGGGAUAUAGUCGAGACAUUCGCAUUCAAAUCGCUGCUUGAGGCCGCCUUAACCAGUCUUCGCCCCGAAAGUAAAGAGGCCUGGACUCGUUUCUUUGACAUCGUCACCGAAGAUGUCAUGGGGUGCUGCGCUCCCGGUCCGAGGGGGGAGAAGCGAAAAAGGCUGGAUGACGGACAGCAGGAGUCUGAAAGCGACUCGGAGUGA